AGACAAUCAAAUAACUGAGGAAACAUAAAACUAAAAUAUAGAACUACCUCUCUCCUCUUCGGUUUUCCAAAGACAUGGCUAAGUCUUCAGUACUAUGCUUCUUGUUCUUCCUUCUGGUCAUCUCCUCCUCAGGUGGUGCAAGGAUUGUAGCGGAAGCUAAAGACUGUGGAGCGACAUGGGAUUGCACCACUGAAGAACGUUGUUGGGAUGACUGCAGGAGUCGCUACGACGGAAAAGGACAUUGUGACUACCGCACUCAUCCUUUUGCUCCUAGGCAGUGUAAUUGUUCUUAUAAAUGUUGA